AUCAGCCGCCAGUUUCGAACGUUUCGAAAUACACUGAGAUAUAUUAUACUAAAUACACUUACAUCAAAAUAUUGAGAGAAAGAAAGAAAGAGACAAAGAUAUUGAGAGAUAGAUAGAGAGAGAGAGAGAGAGAUGUAUAUGAUGCACUCGCUGCUCGCCGGGAUCUGGUUGAGCCUGGCCCUCUGCCUGGGCUGGCUUGGCUGCUGCAAUGGCUUUGGCCAGUUUCACAUGAAACGCUAUCAGCUGCAACGCGGCUACAAUUCCCAGGACGAUUCCAGCGAGAAUGAUAAUAGCGUGUUGCGCACCUAUCGUCGCUGCAUGUGGGAGCAGUCCAAGUUUCUGCCACGCCGCCUCGUCCUGUUGAGCCUCUGCUCGAACCUGUUCUGCGAGAACAAUCAGAUAAUGCCGCGCUCCAGGUCUAUUUUCGUAGUGGAAAAAAUGUCUAGACCCAACGAUUGCCUGGACAUUCUGCCGGAGCAGUGCGAACAGGGCGAUGAGGAGGACCUCAUGUACAAGCCUUUCCCCGACUGUUGUCCCGUUUAUUGCAACCUGAAGCGACGCAUGCAACGCCUGAGGACAAUGCACUUCCGACAUCGCAUGCUGCGCAACAUGCAGGACUCUGGCACCGCCUCCUCUUCAGCCUCCUCGGAUGCCAAAAGCCUGCUCAGCGAGAUUGGCUACAACAAUUACUGAUGCAGCGCGUGCAGCAAUUGAGGCAGCAUCUGACAUUGAGAUUUGUUAACUUUGUUGCACAAAUUAUAGACCUGUAACAAGCA